UCUAGGGAAUGAGCAGUAGUAACUUAUAGAGACUGUACCCUUAUGUGGACAGAAGCAUUGGGAACAUUUCACCUAAUGCUCUAACCUCAAGGGGUGUCUAGCUUAGACAUCGCGGAACCUCUGUUCCUAUCGUCUGUUUCCGGGGGACAUAAAUUAUGGACGGAGGUUGUGGCGCGACAGUUUAAUUCUCCGGCGGCAGAUUGUGGCGACGAGAUGGUUCUGCCGGGGCUCAUCAGGAAGCUUGGCCAUCAGCUGGUGGAGAUCAGGGAACGCGCCCUCAAAAGUAUCCUGUGCAAGAUCGAGCACAAUUUGAUCUGCUAUGCUGACCUGAUUCAGGAAAGGUUGCUUUUUCUCCAUUUGCUCGAAUGGUUCAAUUUCCCAUCCGUCCCAAUGAAAGAGGAGGUUCUGAACUUGUUAAGCAGAUUGGUUAAGUAUCCCCCAGCGGUCCAACACUUGAUUGACCUUGGUGCAGUGGAGUUCUUAUCUAAGCUCCGUCCACAUGUGGAGCCAGCAAUACAGGCUGAGAUUGAUGGCAUUCUUGAUGGACUUUUUGUUCUUCCUUCAGAAGUUCCUGUACUGUGUUCUGCCACUUACCAAACUGAUCAAAUCGAAUUGUCACAACAACCCGAAGUUCUAACAGGAUAUUUCUCCCAAGACAAAAGUAGUUUCCAGCAGAUGGAAGUGCCACCAGGGCCAGUAGGAAACUCGACUGUGAAGUGGCUGAAGUUUUCUGUAUUUCCUUGGCUACCCCUGACCACAACAGAUAGACAUGUUCUCUCCUCCAAUGAAAGCUCUCUGAGAAGUAGUAACCACACCCUGAUCUGGAACACAUGUGAGCUUCUGAAGGACGUGAUCAUGCAAGACUUUCCUGCUGAGAUUUUCCUUCAGAGACCAAGGAUUGUUCAGGGUCUUUUGUGUCUGGUGAAGCUGGCCUUUGCAGGAGAUGGGAAGCAUCGCGUGGCGUUACAGUCGGUAUCCUGUUUGCAGCAGCUGUGCACGUGUUUAAGAAACAGACUCAACUUUUACCGAGACCCCAACCUUUUCUCAAAUAAACAAGAUACAAUCUCCCAGAAUUCUUCUCUGUCUUACUGUCAUGAAACAAGAGGUACUUACCAUUCCCCACACCCGUCUCCAGGAAGCAGCAGUCCUCGGCCUUCUGUAGUUGGGCGUACAGGCCAGAGGCCCCGAGGAGAUGGUCAGGACUGGGAUGCAGUGUCUUCCAGUGGAAGUAGUAGUCAUGCUCAUGUGAACUCUAGGAUAUCUGUGCGUUCUCCUUUGGAUGCGGCACACGUAGAUCUGCCGGAGCUGGAAACAGAGGAUGCCCUGGAGCUGCAGUUCCAGCAGCUUAGUCUUCCUCAGUUCUGCAUCUCCAUCCUGGAGGCAGCAGUUCCUCUGCUGAGAACAGGCAGCAGAGAAAUGAUCAUAAGAGUUCUGGAACUGCUUGCAGAGAACAUGAUGCUCAUUGGACAAGCAAUUUCACCCGAAAUCUGGGAUGAUAGCAGCCUCUUUGCUAUAGAUGUGAAAGAGAAACUGCUCCAGGUAUUGGGAUCCCUUGGAGAAACCAUAUGUUACCGUAAAACCAGCUUUAACUUGGAGCAAGCUGAGGCUCUGCUUGUGCACCACAGGAUGGCUUUCGUCAGCAUUACACUGUUCACAGUUCGACUGUUGCAAAUCCUUCUCCCCGUUGAAAAGGCGAGUGAGUUUCUGCCAGAGCCCAUGUCAGCAGCAUUGUUCCUUGUCUCUUUGGACAUGCCUGUUUCUUUGGAAUAUCCAGAGAUUCACGACACUGUUGUGGCUUACUUGGAACAGCUGGAUUCUGAAAACUACAGCAUUUAUAAACGGACUGCAGAGGCUGUUUAUUCAAUUGAAUGUACCUGUAACUUUCUAUCUGAUGUGGGGAAAGAGGGAGAAAAGAAUCUCCUAGAAUUAUUGGAGCUGGCAGACCAAGCCUUGAGGAGCUUUUCCUAUCAUCAUCAUUCCCCCCUAAUAAAGGAAAUCAUCUGCAUUUGUUCAAAAAUCUGGAAAUCUGCACAGGCCAGUCCGUUACUACAGGGAGAGAGUCAGAAGGUGUUUCUCCAUAUGCUGUCUCACCCUUGGCCACAGGUGAAGGUGGAGACUUAUCAGUGCUGUCUGGAGAUUGUGAAGGAAUGUUUAGGUGUCCAUAAUGUCACUAAACCUGUAUCUUCACUUUGUAGUGGAAUUCAUUUUCUGCUUCAUCCAAAAGUCCUAUAUGAAAUCUCUGCAUUUGGUAUUCAAGAACCCAAAAAUGAGGUGAAUGCUGCUGCCAAGGCCAUUCUGUUGUAUCUGCUUCAGGGACGAUUGGUGAUGACAGCACUGACCUGGAACAAGUUUAUCGAGUCUCUCUGUCCUGUCAUUCCAGUGCUGCAGGGCUAUGCUGAUCCAGAAGAUCCUUUAGGCAACUGCAUUCUCCUUCUAAGCAAAGCGAGUUCUGAGGCAGAAGGCAUUCUCCCUUCCACUAUCCGGCUGAAGUCUAUGCUGCGACUUUUGCUAGUGAAAAAGUCUUCGGUUCGUUCACUAGCAUUAAAGCUGCUAGCAUUUUAUCUUACCAAUGAAGAAGGGGCUGAUACAAAGCGCCCAUUGAUAGACGCCAGAAUUCUCUCCCGAGUUACUAAUCUGUUUAUUGUGAAAAAACCUAUUGACCUUAAACUGGAUGACAGACGAGAACUAGUUAUUAAGCUGGAGACUGUUGAAAAGGUAUAUGAAAUCUUCACCUCAGAUGAUGUUGAUCUUGUUUUGAGGAAGUCAGCUGCAGAGCAACUAGCUGUAAUCAUGCAAGAUAUUAAGAUGCAUGCUGUGGUGAAAAAGUUAUGCUUAAUUGAGAAGAUAAUCGGGUAUUUAAAUGAAUGUGUGGGUCAAGAUGGCAAGGUUGUAGAAUGCUUGAUUCAGCCAUGCCUCACGCUCCUGAGGAAGGUUUUAUAUGCUGACCCAGUCAUCCGUGUUUCCUUGUCACAGCAGUCUUCUCUCUUGACCCUGUUAUUCAGAGUUUCCUUGAUAUUUCAUGAAGAUUGUACUGUGGUGACUGAAGUCGGGGCAUUGUUUUGUCUUCUCUUGUUUGAUGAGGUAUCAAGAAUGGAUACAUGGUCUGUUGGUCCUUGUAAUAACCCUUUGCCUUCGGUCUUCAGUCUGCCUGUUUCAGUCUUCAGGAGGUAUCAUUUACCAGUUCAUGUGAUCGGCCACCAUGCUGUGAGUCCUUACUCAAUAGUUUUGCCGUUGUCUGCUGAGUGCUUGGCCUUGAAGCCUGUGUCCGAUAUGCUAAGAAUAGCUUGGAACCUGGCAUGGUAUCAUGGGAGUGAUAAUCUACUGAAACAAAUGACCUCUGAAGCUAAAAUUCAAGAAUUUUUAGAUGUAUUGCAGCUAUCCACAGAAGAUAUCCUUACACUGAGGAUCACAUACACAGCUAGUGGGCUGCAAGACUGCUUUCACUCCAUUGUUCAGGCUGGAGGCCACAGGGAUGUGAGGGCUGCUAUCACCAGGAUGAGUUUUUAUCUUUUGAAUGACAAACUGUCUUUGAAGGAUGACAUUGGUCCAUGUGGGAUUACGUUAAAAUCCUUGGCUUGGCACACUGUGCUAAACAGGUUUUUACAAGUGCUUCCUGCUUCCACUGAAGAUGAGAAACUUCUAAUAGACAUCAUACAUUUUUUGAAUAAGUUAAUAAAGGAACAAAGAAAAAAUCCAUCAAUAGGACUUUUACAGUGGAUUCUAGAGUUACUUCUUAGGCAUAAUCCAAACCCACUAUUAGACCUGCUGGUUCUGACAGAGUCACAAACACGAGAAGAGGCAGAUCACAUCCGGACUGCAGUCAGACAGCAACUCCAGAAAGAACUGAUCGCUCUUCUCAAUUCCUUGUUGCUGGUUUUCAUCACAGUCACGGACAGGAAAUGCUUGGAACUUUUUUAUGUCUUCCAAACUCAGCUGUCUCUGAAGCUGCUCCAGUGCCUCAGAGUCACAGAUGCUCCUCAUUUCUAUGGCUUGCCUGCCUUGGAGCGGACCUUAGGAGCGAUGGCUCACCUCACUGCUUUCCCUGGGUGGAGUGCACACUCUCCUAUCUCAAAACCACUUGAGAUUUGUGGGAAAUACUUGUCGGGUCUCCUGGAGGUCAUUACUUCGUUUUAUGUGGAACGUGGAGGAAAUGCUAUGUCCUUCAUGGGCAAAGGUGUUACGAAGAGCACAGUUCUUUGCUUACUUCACUUAUCCCAUGAGAUGAUGGCCCAGGCACCAAGCUUGGAUUGGAUGCCACUUUGGUUUUUGCCUUUGGGUAGUCACAGUGAAGAACAUGCUCCUACUCACCAAGGGUUGGCCUGGCUAAUUCCCUUAUGGGUUGAUCGAGACCCGGAGGUGAGAUUCACUUCACUGGGAUUGGGAUCAGCACUGACUACUAUUGAAGCUGGCUGUGUGGCCUUGGCAAACAGUUGUCAGAAUAUUUCUGGUGGACUCUGGGGAACCGUGGUGAACAUUCUUCUGGAUCAGUCAGAAUGCAGUGUGGUGCGCCGGGAGGCUGCAUUUAUUCUUCAGAAUCUCCUUGUAGUUCCGAUGCCUUCAGAAGUUAUAAAGAAUUAUACUUGGCAGGGCCCUUGUGUCCAUGAUGAGGAUUCUGGCCUGUCACUGGUAGGAAAGCCUGCCCUCCAGGCCCUUUUAUAUCAUUGCCAUUUCUAUGAGCAUUUGACUCAGAUGGUGAAACAUUGUUAUGUAGGAAGAUAUACAUUUGAUCUGAACUUUUCUGCUUUUACUGACACUUCAGAAUGCAGUGAUUUAAAUGGUUUAGAUGACUCAUUCAAGUUUUGGAGGGCUCCCUCAGGGACAUCCACUCAGGAUCAUGAGCCAAGCUCUCUUUCCACCUCAGAAACAAUGGUGGCAACCUCAGUGAGAAGUACUGAGACUCAGCCUCUGCUGCCAUCAACAUUCGCUCCUGAAACAGCACUUGACCAGUUUGUGACUCAAGGUCAAUGUGAAACCAGACCAGUGUGCCCUCGUGACUCGUCGCUGUCUGCCCCCCUACACAAGCAGUGCAUGUUUGUCACCCCGUCUCUUCUGUCAGCGGUCUGCAGUCUCUUAGACAACCUCUUGGCAGUUACUCCUAGAGAAGCUGCAAAUGCUUUUCAACAAGCCCACCUCAUAGAGCUUCUCUGUAGUACUGUGGAUGCCUCUGUCAUAGAGAUGUGCAUCCAGGAACUCAAGACCCCGCCACCCUUAUCAUUUGCUGUUGAACAUACACAGGCUCAGGCUUCCUUUCUUUUGGAAUACCUGUCCUCUUUGUCCCAGCUUCUGCAGUCCUGUCUGUUGGUAGAUCCUAACCUUGUGACACAGGAUGAGCUCUUGAAACCUCUUAUCACUAAUGUCAUCCGAGUUCUCAUUGUGUGCACCAAAGAUGUAUUAGAUGUACAGUUAGUAUUGGCUUUUCAUCGCACAUGGACACACUUAUUUGACCUUCUGGCCACACUCCUGAGGAAAGCUGGUGCUGUUUUCCUUCUUCUUAUUACCUCAACUCUUGCCGAGCACUGGGAGGCAGUGAUUGAUACAUUGUGCAGAUGUGUGGACUUGUCAGUCAGGUGCCCCGCCUUGAGUAUUGCCAGCCUCCAGUUCCUGUCUGUUCUCUUGGCCGAGGAGGAAAAGAGGCGUCUUCAGGACAAGGACAGAACAAAUGCAUGCCAGGCCCCAACAGUGGCUUUUCUUCUUGAUGGAACUCCAGAAAGUCUUAAAUUUUCAGAGCGACUUAAUGAAAAAAUUCUUCAGUGCUAUGAAGGGAAAUCUCCCAAAGAUGUCCUGAAAAGAGUUGCCGCAAAUGCUCUGAUGUCACUUCUGGCUGUCAGCAGACGAGCACAGAAGCAUGCUUUGAGAGCUGAUCUCAUAGAGAACUGCAUGGAGCAGAUGAAGCACAUCAAUGCACAACUGAACCUGGAUUUUCUGAGGCCUGGGAAAGCAACACUGAAAAAAAAGGAGGAUGGCUUUAUUAAAGAGUUAAGCAUUACUAUGCAGCUCCUAAGGAAUUGCCUUUAUCAAAAUGAAGAAUGUAAAGUGGCUGCUCUUGAAGCACGUCUUGUGCCCAUUCUGCAUGCUCUUUGGCCUUGGCUUUUGAUGGAGGAUUCAUUGAUGCAAAUUGCCUUGCAGUUGCUUUGUGUCUAUACUGCUAAUUUUCCAACUGGCUGCAGUUCUCUUUGUUGGUCAAAUUCUGGACAAUAUGUGCAAACUGCCCACAGAGGGCCCCCCAGCAACUCCCUGAUGCUGUGUAUCCUGAAGCUUGCUUCUCAGAUGCCUGCAGAGAACUCCACCAUUCAGCAGAUGGUUUUUAUGUUUCUUUCAAACCUGGCCUUAUCUCAUGACUGCAAGGGAGUAAUUCAGAAGAGCAACUUCCUACAGCACUUCCUGUCCCUGACAUUGCCUAAAGGAGGAAAUAAACAUCUCAGCAAUCUGGCCAUUCUGUGGUUGAAGUUACUCCUGAAUAUAUCAUUUGGAGAAGAUGGACAGCAAAUGAUCCUGAGGCUGGAUGGCUGCUUAGACUUACUCACAGAGAUGAGCAAAUACAAGCAUAAGAGCAGCCCUUACAUACCUCUGCUGAUUUUUCAUAACAUUUGCUUCAGUCCUGCUAAUAAGACUAAAAUCCUGGCUAAUGAAAAAAUUGUUACUCUUUUGGCUACCUGUUUAGAAAGUGAGAAUCAAAAUGCCCAGAGGAUCGGAGCGGCUUCACUCUGGGCUCUAAUUUACAAUUAUCAAAAGGCAAAAGCAACUUUGAAAAAUCCAUCAAUAAAAAGAAGAGUAGACGAAGCAUAUUCCAUAGCAAAGAGAACUUUCUCCAAUUCAGAAGAAAACCCUCUAAAUGUCUACUAUUUGAAAUGCCUUGAAAAUCUUGUACAGCUGCUUAACUAUUCCUGAGCCUUGAGGUACUCUGCUCCAGAGCUGACCCCAUCCACAGGAGAUCUGGAUCAGAGACCAGCUUUGCACAGCAGCUGCUCCCUGAAUGAUGCUGACUCUGCAGUAUCAGUGGCUGCCUUCACUGUGAGACAUCGCCAGACAUACUGGAAGGAGUAGGACUGGUGACUCCCCACUCUGUUCCUUCCUGGCCGCUUCCAGAAGUGAAGACUUGCUGACCCAAGAUGCUGCAGACAUAGAGUUCUGGCAGUAUAAACCUUUUUAUACUUUUCUAUGCAACGUGUUUUAUAAAAAUCCUAUUUAAUAGUUAUUUAAUAAAAUAAUAUUUUUAGAAACAAAAACUGACUAGUAUUACUUACAGACUUUUAAAAGUGUAUUUUAUUCUUUGAGAAUUUCAUGUAUGCAAUGUAGUUUGAUUGUAUAUUUGUCGCCUGCUCCUACAAUUCUGCCCAGACCUUCCCCACACCAUGCCCCCAUCCUAAUUUCAUAUCCUUUUUUUUUUUUUUUAUUAAGAUAACCCAUUAAGUUUAAUUAGUGCCAACCAUAAGUACAUGGAUGUGAAAUCAGAGCAUGGUCAGCCUAUCAAAGACUAUACCUCUAAAUAAAACUGAUUCUACCUGCCCUAGAAGCCAUCAACUCUUAAUAGAAUAGUGAUGAGAGAUUGUGUGCCCCCACUCCCCAUCCAUUCUAGACUAUUGACUGGAAUGAUCUUGUGCAGGUAACCACAGCUGCCAUGAGUACAAUGUUCCUGUCAUGUCUAAGAAGACACUGUUUUUCCCCAGUCUUUCCUAACCUAUGGCUUUUAAACAUCCCCCCCUCUGAGAUUUUUCUCUGAGACUUUUGGGAAGAGGGUUGUCCCAUCUGUGCCUCAGCAUUCCAAUGAUGCUUAUUCUCUGCACUUUUCCUUUUGUUUAUAUGCGUUUUCCACAGCACACUCACAAAGAUGUUUCUCUGAUGAGAUCUGAGAGCUGUGCUAUUGUAUGGGCAGAGAGAUGCCUACUUAAAAGACAUCUUCAUAUUAUCUCCAUUUAGGAGAAUAAUAGUAAUAGGUUCUUUUCGCAGGCCUGUGAGUUCCAUUGCCAUGAGUACUUGCCCAGGUUUACCAAGCAUUAGUUUCCUUUUGUGGAGUGUGAUAGCUAUUUUUGGUUGUCAACAUGACUACAUCUGGAAUUAACUAAAAUCUAAGUGGCUGGGUACACUGUGAGGGAUUUUUUUCUUAUCAAAGUAUUUGAAAUUGGAAGACCCACCUCUAAUCUGAAUUUUUUGAGGUGGGAAAAUCCACCUUAAAUCUGGGCCAAACUUUCUGGUGGCUGCCUGGAUAAAGGCCAUGGAGGAAGAAAGCACUUGCUCUUUGCUGCUUGCCCCUGCUCUCACAGGCAACUUAAUUCCUUUUAUGGCAUUAGAUCCUACUUCUUCAGGUUCCAAUGUAUACUGAAGACCAUCUGAUACAUGCAGCCUUGUGGACUGAACAACUACUGGAUUCUUGGACUUUUUGUUGGUAGAUAAUCAUUGUUGGACUAGAUGGAUCACAGCCUGUAAGCCACUUUAAUAAAUCCCAUAUAUUGAUAUGUAGAUAUAGAUAUAGAUUCAUUCUGCCUGUUCUGUUCCUCUACAGAACCCUGACCGUUACAUGAAAUGAACCUUAGAUCCACCUACAAGGCAGUCACCCUGUAACAUUCAUGCUCCUACUGCAUCCAUGGGCAUAACUUGCUAAGCUGGUCAUUAUCGUAGCUAACCAGAUUAACAGUAGGUAAAACUUGUGGUUACUUUCCUACUACAGGAGCCUGCACAGCGCCUUCUAAUACCCCAAAGCUAGCCAACACAGAAUAUGCUGGCAGACUUUUAUCAGUUGCAUGAAUACUGUUUUAGGAACAAAAAGAAGUUUUAUCUUGGUUUCUUUCCUGUUUAAAUUUUUUUUCAUAGAAUCUGAUCCUGUCCAUACCAGUCUUGACUUCUAUACUUGGAGAAUACGUGAGGCUAAGCUGCAUGUGAGUAUGUGUGUAUGAUUUUAGAGCUUCCUUACAGAAUGUUUAGUGUCCCUAACUUCUUUUUAUGCUAUUUAAAAAUCAUUUGUCUUUUUCAUCUUUCAAGUUCAGAAAGGCUGUGUAAUAAUGAAUUGAAGCAUAUGCUAGUGGCAGUAUAGACCCUGGACUAGCUCUGUCGAACACUAUAACCUUUUUAAUUUAUUAAUUUUAUUUUAUUUAUUUAGAGACAAUUUCUUGCUUUGUAGCCUGGGCUGGCCUUAAACUCAUAGUCCUCUUGCCUCAGGCUCCAGAGUGCUAUGAUUUCAGAUUAUAUCACCAAACCUAGCUGAUAUAAUUAUUCUUAAUUAAGAUGCAGUUUAGUGGGUUUUCAACAUCUACUUUUAAGUUUUUUCUUUACUUUGUAUACAUGUACAUGUGUGCCACAGCACUCAUGUGGAUGUCAAAGGACAAGACGUUUAUGAAGCAUAGUUGUACAUAUCAGUACAUAUAUAUAGUGUAUAUAUGAUCAGGAUAACUAGCCUAUCCAUCAUCCUAAUCAUGUCUUCAUGUUGGAACAUUCAAAAUUCUAUCAGCUACUUGGAAAUAAAAUUGUUUUCAACCCAUAUUCUCUUUGGGCUACAGAACAUUAGAAGUUAUUCCUCAUUGUCCAGCUACAUUUCUGUGUAUAUUUCUAUUUUGUGUAGAGUUUUAAAUUCAGUAAUUAAACAAAAACCAGUUAAGGUAUAGGAUAAGUGUCCUAAAAUCUGCAACCCCAAAUUCUCUGAAAUCUGAAAUUAUUUAAAUAAUUGAGCCAGAACUAUAGCCACAAAAUACAAGUCAAAUAUUGAAACAGGAACAAAUUUGUACUCUGUGAGGAUUAUUAGAGAUAUUUAACAGAGUCUGAAAUGCUCUGAAACCUGAAACUUUUUGGGCAAAGUCACUCAAAAGUUUUCUGUUUUCAAAUUAGGGAUGUUCAGCUUAGAAAGUCUAUGUAAUUACUACAAACAAGAAAAACAACAUUGACAAAAACAUCUUUUGAAUUAACUGAUCCUCAGUAUGUGCUGAGCAAUUGUUUGGGAGCUUUACACCUCUUUAAGUUAGGAGACAACAUUGUGUAUAAGAGAAAUAACAACUGUAAUCCAUAGGUAUGUGUGUGUACAUGUACAUAUAUAUAUGUAUAUUCAUGUACACACACAUACCUACCUUCAGUUAUAUACUCUUAUUUUACAAAAUAAUUCAGG